AAGAGAGAGAUAGAGUAAUCUACCCAUCAAUUCCCCUCUCAUAUCUCUGAUAACAAGUACUAGACUACUCGGUUCAUUGAAUUGACAGCAGUUUUGCGGGAGAUUUAUACCCUAUAGCAUUGCUCGAGUAUUUUUUAUCAUUUGUGCUCAAAUCGUGAAAUUCUCUCGUCAAUUAACUAUUUUUAAUUAACCCUAUCAUGAGGAAGUACGUUGGUUUCCUAUGUCUAAUUCUUCAGGUGUCAAUUGGACACUGUGGGCCGGUUGGGCGACCCGAUUUCGUCUCAGAUGAAAUGAUUGCAUUGGCAGCAAGUGUUGUCAAUGCAUGUCAAACACAGACAGGCGUAGCUACAGCUGACAUUGAGGCUGUCAGAAAUGGACAAUGGCUAAACUCAACACCCUUAAAGUGCUAUAUGUACUGCCUUUGGGAACAAUUUGGUCUUGUCGAUGACAAAAGAGAGCUCAGUCUCAACGGAAUGCUAACAUUUUUCCAACGAAUACCAGCCUACAGGGCAGAAGUGCAAACAGCGAUCAGAGAGUGCAAGAAGAUUGGUAAAUUCUUCGCUGAUGGAGACAACUGCCAGUACGCCUACACCUUCAACCUGUGCUAUUCAAAACUAUCCCCAAGGACUUACUAUUUGUUCUAACUGCCGAAAACCGACCGAAUACGUGUAAUCACCUUCAAUGUGUUCAUUAACGAAGCACAAGACGAAGUAACUCGCCGAAUACUCAACUUAUGUAUUAUUAUUGAUAUCAAAAAAUUAACAAUCACAUAAACAACAUUUUUUUUGAUGAAACCUGUACGUUUGAUGGAAUAUUACUAUUGACUUUAAUAAAAAAAACAUUGAGUGUCAUAAA